CUCUCCCCUCGCCGGCAGCAGCAGAUCAGCAGCGGCGACAGAAGCAGCAGCAGAUCUGGUCCGGAGGAGGAGAGCAGCCGUCAGCCCCAGUCCAGGAGACACAUCACACCGCAGCUCCCACGGAGUGAAGCGCGUGUCAGACAUGGAGGACACUCUCACCUGCAGCCAUGCCACCUUCUCACAGGUGUUUGGACACCAGGGACAGCUCAUGCAAGCCACGGUUCAGUCUCUGAACAGCCUCAACGACCAGAUCGCCCACUUCAUGGUGACCCGACCCAGCAGCCUGACCGAUGAGGACGAGGCGGAGGCCUUCUACCCCAGGCCGGGAGAGCCUUUAAGGAAAUCAAUGACUCUCAUGAGGCACCUGCUGAUGGACGCGCAGGGGAAGAUCCUCCAAAUGAUGGAGGACAACAAGCAGCUGGCCCAGCGUAUCGACGGGGCCAUCCGCUCGGCCGGCCAGGAGGUGACCAACCUGCGCUCCGAGCUGUCGGCCACCAGCCGCCGGCUGGCCGAGAUGGGGGCCAACAGCCCGCCGGCCCUGGAGAACAACCACCACCACCACCACCACCACCUCCACCAGCACCACCAGCACCAGCUCCAGCUCCAGCAGCAGCAGCAGCAGCAGCAGCAGCAGCAGCAGCACCUGCAGCAGCAGCAGAACCACCACGAUGACAGCCUGCACUACCAGAUGCUCCUGCGUGAGGAGGUGGCCCAGCUCCAGGAGGAGGUGCACUUCCUGCGGCAGAUGAAGGAGAUGCUGAGCCGCGACCUGGAGGAGACGCAGGAGGGCGGCUGCUCGGCCGGCCUGCUGUCGGCCACGGAGCUCCGCGUGCAGCUCGGGGACAAGGAGCAGGAGCUGGACCGCGCCAAGGAGGCCUUACAAGCUAUGAAAGGAGACCGUAAGCGUCUAAAGGUGGAGAAGGCCGAUUUGGUUAGCCAGAUGCAGCAGCUGUACACGACGCUGGAGAGCCGAGAGGAGCAGCUCAGAGACUUCAUACGCAACUACGACCAGCACCGCAAGGAGAGCGAGGACGCGGUCAAGGCCCUGGCCAAGGAGAAGGACAUGCUGGAGAGGGAGAAGUGGGACCUGAGGCGGCAGACCAAAGAGGCCACGGAGCAGGCCAACCUCCUGCGCUCGCACAUGGACAUGAAGGAGAACAGGCUCAAAGAGCUGGAGGCUGAACUCACCAUGGCGAAACAGUCGUUGGCGACCCUGACCAAGGACGUGCCCAAGCGCCACUCGGUCUCGGUGCCCGCCGGCGAGCCGGUGGUCAACGGCAGCCAGGAGUGGGUGAUGCACGCCGACCUGCCGCUCACGGCCGCCAUCCGGCAGAGCCAGCAGACGCUGUACCACGGCCACCCGGCUGACAGACAGGCGGUGCUCAGGAUCAGCCCCUGUCACUCGCGCCAGCCCAGCGUCAUCUCUGACGCCUCGCAGGCCGACGGCGACCGCUCGUCCACGCCCAGCGACAUUAACUCGCCACGCCACCGGACGCACUCCCUCUGCAACUCCAUGGAGGACCUGGAAGACCAGAAGCGUAAGAAGAAAAAGGAGAAGAUGACUCUGGGCUCGCUGUCACGUGUCUUUGCUCGAGGGAAGCAGCGCAAGUCCCUGGACCCGGGCCUGUUUGAUGACUCUGACAACCUGUCAAGCCUCACACACCAGAGCCUAUCAGACGGAGAGGAUCAGAUGGACCGCCUCCGGCAGGCGGAGCUCACCCGGACCACACCCAUGUCCAUGUGGAGGGCUGGAGCUGUGCAAGCCUGGCUUGAGGUUGUCAUGGCAAUGCCCAUGUACACCAGAGCAUGUUCCGAAAACGUCAGGAGUGGCAAGGUGCUCCUUGGGCUUACUGACGAUGACCUAGAAGUGGGCUUGGGCAUCAGCAACCCCAUCCACCACAGGAAGCUCAAACUGGCCAUCGAGGACUACAGGAAGGCUGAAGGAGGCCACAGGCUGUCCCAUGCCUCAGAGCUGGACCCCCACUGGGUGUCCUGCUCGUGGCUGGGCGACGUGGGUCUGCCCCAGUACGCCCAGACCUUCCAGGACCAGCUGGUGGACGGCCGGGUGCUGGGCUCUCUGAGCCGCAGGGACCUGGAGCAGCACCUGGGGGUCAGAGAGCGGGACCACCAGCACAGCCUGCUGCUGGCCGUGCAGCUCCUGCAGCAGCUCAACUUUGACAAGGAGGCACUGCAGGCGCGGCGCGCUAAGUGUGAACCGCAGGAUCAUGACCUGGUUGUGUGGACGUGUCACAGGGUGAUGAAGUGGAUCAGAGACAUAGACCUCCGGGAGUAUGCAGACAAUCUUAAAGGCAAAGGGAUACACGGGGCAUUGAUGGCACUGGACCCAUCGUUUGACACGGACACCAUGGCCAGGGUACUGGGAAUCCCCCACAACAAACACAUGCUGCACCGGCACCUGUACCAAGAGAUGAGGCUGCUCUCCGUCCCACACAGCAGCGCAGAGCAGGAGCGUGAGAGCCUAGCUGGCGUCUCCCGGUCCCCUGGCUCCGCUAACCUCUACGCUGCCAACAGAAUGGCAAUGAGAAGAUCAGUCAUGAGUCCUUCGAGGUUGCAUCCAAAAGGCCAUUCCGUGGACCGGGCUCUGGGUUUCCAUGGCAGCUGUGGAUCUCUGCCUAGAGAGGCCAGGGUGCAAGCUGUUCCCCGAACCAAGGAGAGCCCUGUGCAUUCUUACAAGACUGUUGAGAUCUCCAACGUCUGAGGGAGCACCAGCCAAACGGAAGACCUCAAAGAGAAACGCUACGACUGCGCUCCCAGACUGCUGUUGUUAUUUUCAAGGAACGCAAGUGUAUCUUUCAAGGAAGUUCUUAAAUGUAUUUAUACUUUGAAAGAGGUGGUGGUUGUCGAUGCUGUUAACAUGUCUGAUAUGAAAUGUUAUUAUUCUGUUGCAGGAAUUGGCAUUUGACCAACUAAAAUGAAAAGCACAAAUACUGAAACUGUGUCGUGGUAUCUCAACCUUUUCCAUCAAAUCUAAUCGAGUAAUAAACUACCUGUCAAUUAUCAUGAGCUUUCAUAACAUUAUCAAACCUGUCUUGCUGCUGUAAGAUUUAAGAGUAAAGAGAGCCGAAGAGAGCAAUAUUUUGAAUCCAAAAAAAAUAAGUGUCUCCUCCCUCCCUAUGUUUUACAAGGUUGAACUGAACCAAUCAGGGAAGGCUGAUCGGGCCCCGAUUUGACAGAAAUAAGUGCUCUAAAAUCGAAAUGGUCUCAUUCUGAGGCACUCAAAACAGAUCGGCCAUUUCACUCAUUAAUAGCUGACGGAUGGCCAUUGCAUUUCUACCAAAUCCCUCAAAUAAUAGCUCUAAAAGUACUGCAAACAGCACCUUUCAUACAAAAGUUAGUCUUGAAACUAUGGUUGUCUUAACUCUAGAUGUCUGCCAGAGCUUCUCAGUCCCUCAGGAUACAUUAUAGAUCUAGUGUCACGAUAAACCCAGUCCUCUAGUCUAUGGGACAGGUUCCCCCGGGAUAGUCCAUGACUUAUGUUUACGCACCAUGGGAUCAGCACAAGAUAAACCAUGGAUGUAAAGGAUACACACAUAGGACAACAUUAGGCACAAUGAUGCACUAACACCAGGCAGUCACAAAGAAUGAAACAACCACUUCCAGACCGGAGGGAUAGCAGAGGUCGUAGUUCAGAGAGGGUUUCUGGCAUAACAACUGUAAGAAAGAGUAUGGAGUAUUCAAACUAACUGCACAAAUGGUUGUUCUUAGAAGUAACCCAACACUAGGUCAUCCAGGCUUAUUUAAGCAAGGUUCAUUUUCAUGUCAAUAACAGACUUGUUUUUGUUCAAUAAACUAAACGGGGACCAAUA